UAAUUAAACAAUACAAUCACUACCCAGCAAACCCCGGAAUCCAAAUCGAAAAUUUUUAUUCAUGAUUAUUUUCCGUUAUGGAUAAGCCCAGUUUUCCGGAAAAACAAACCACAUGGACGACGUGGGAGGAGCUCCUCCUCGCCUGCGCCGUCCACCGCUACGGCACUCAGAGCUGGGACUCCGUCGCCGCCCAGCUCCGCAAGCGCUCUUCCAAUCUCCUCCACCUCUCCCCCCAGACCUGUAAACGCAAGUUCCACGACCUCCGUCUCCGCUUCAGCCACCACAACGACGCCGCUCGCGACGGCGACGACGACGAAGACGCGGCCUCCCCUAUUCCGUGGCUCGGUCAGUUACGUCAACUCCGCCUCGAUGAGCUCCGCCGCGAGGUCCAUCGCUACGACGUCUCCAUCGUGUCUCUGCAACUGAAGGUGGAUAGGUUAAAAGAAGUGCGCGAAAAAUCGGAUCUGGUGAGGAGCGGAGAGGACCAACAGAUCAGAGACCAACCCGUCGUGCCGGAAAACAUCUCGCCGGAAAAUGUGGCCGGGAAAAAAAAUUCCGGCGAAGGCCGGUCAUUCGACGAGUCCAACACCAUAGAUCCGGAACGUGAGAUCCCCGGAACCGGAGUCGAGUUGGCGGUAAAGGCCGCCGAACCGGUCGAACCGGCCGCCGGGGAUGUCGGAGCGGUGGAGAAGUCGAGUAACCCGGUAGUGGUGGAGGAUUCGUGUAAUGGGAGUUCCGAUUCGGUGGUGAAGGAAGCGCCGGCUGCGGAGUCGGAGAAGGCGAACUCCGGCGAAGUGAGGGACUCGGUGGCGGAGUCUAAGGAGACGAAGGAGUGUCGGAGCAGUAGUGAGGUGCAGAGCACGGCGAGUUUGUCGAGGAAAUUAGGGCCGGAAGUGAAGCCGAGCGAACCGGUUGAACCGGACCAGGAGGAUCAAUCUCCCGCCAUGAAUCAGGUCCUUGUCGAAUCUCAGCCGUUGGUUGAGUUCCUCGGGAUGCUCCGAUCUCAAAAGGCCGCUUCUUUUUUCGAGCGCCGGCUCCAGUCCCAGGACACACCCAUUUAUACGAACAUGAUUCGGCAGCAUAUAGAUUUUGAAUCGGUACAAACCAGACUUAAUGCGGGUUGGUACUCAAGCUGCAAGAUUAAAUUUUUUAGAGAUGUCUUGCUUAUUUGCAAGAAUGCUGUUGUCUUCUUCGGGAAAAGGACUGCAGAAUACAAGGCGGCGUGUGAGCUUCAAUUACUUGUUCUAAAGGAAAUGGCUCAUAAGGAUCCUAAUCAAGAUCCAUCACCUAAACAAGAAACUCAGACACCAUCUAAAGAUGAAAUCCUGACACCACCAGCUAUACCAUUAAAGCCUGCAAGUGAAUCAUCAGAGUCCUUGCUAGCAAAAUCAAAACUAUCAAUUCCAUUGACUGCUUGUCGUAAGCGCAGCUCAAUAAAGGCCAGAGCAUCCACCUCUUCUUUGGCACCAGACAUAAAGAAAGAGCAAAUGACUACAUCGUUGCAUGAUGUCAAACCAGCUAUAAGUUGGAAGCAAAAAGAAGAAUCCUUGGAUGAAGUUGAGGAGCAACUUCCUGUCACAAAGAAGAGAAGAAAAGAUAGAGUUGGGAGCAAUUCAAGAAACAACUCGAACAAAAAUGGCAAGAGCCGAAGUGAUGCUAACAAGGAGAAGAAUCUAGAUGCCAAUGCAAAUGCAAAUGUUGGAUCUUCAAGCAGAGCAAUGAUUAGCAAUGAGAAUUCAGAGUCCCUGGCCGAGACAGAAAAGAAGAACAAUACUGCAAUUGGGAAAAGGCAAAGUGCAGAAAAAUUCUUGAGUAGAAUGAAGAGGAGCUCCACAUCUAACAACAAGUCAGAGACGUUGAAAAUUCUUGAGAAUGAUAGCAUAGGUGUAGCAGAGCAGAGAAAGAAUGGAAACAGCAAAGGGAAUGUACAGAAGGCAGCACAGCAGAGAAAAAAUGGAAACAGCAAAGGAAAUGCACGGAAAGAAGUAGUAGAGCAAAAGAAAAGUGGAAACGGAAAAGGAAGUGCGGAGAAACAACAAGCUUCACGUAGAGGUUCUGGUGGGAGACAGGCAGCGAAAGAGCAAGAGAGCCCCUCGAAAAGGAGCGUAGGAAGGCCCUCAAAGAGAACAGCGGAAACAACAAGAGCUCCUCCAGCUAAACGGCGUAGAAACUAGAUAGAGAAGGUAAUAAAUAUUAAAGUGAAGCAUGUGCCAUGGGAAUUGCAAAGAAACUCCUAUCAAGGAACUAAUGGUAGUCCGUCCGUUUUGUUUUCCUCCUAACGAUAGAGUUAAUAUAACGAUACUUGAGUUGUCUUCAGCAUUGAAAUUUAGAUUUUGUAACAAUUAUGGAGACUGGACAUUCUUUUAACUGC